GCCUCCAUCAAACCCCGUCCCAGGCCCCCAAGUCUAGACAUAGCGUCCUCGUCUAUAACUUUUACGUAGAUAGUUGCAAAAUGAAUAAUUACUCACCUCGGGCCAGAUCCAAGUUUUACCCAACAGAAGGGGCAUGGGACCAAGAAUGAACCAACUCACAUGGCCAUAUCCGGGGCGCACAAUCACACACAAACACACAGCCACCCAGUUCUUCCAUGAAUCUGUCCGGCGCUCUGGACAGAGGGGGGAAAGCGUUUUGAGAAAACUCCAGCUCCCUUCCCCUUCCCCCUUGCCAUGACAUAUAAUAAUUCAUUUUUAUUAGAAGAGCAGCACCGACCUCACCAUCACGCAAGCACAGAGCCAUACUCCCAUAUUCACACUCUUAACUCUUCAGCUUGGAGAGCGCCUGCAUUUUCUUUGGGAGCCGCUUGGAGGUUCAUUAAUAUCAUUAGCAUUUAACCCCCUCCCUCUUUCCAUCCCCUCCCCGCACAUGGCUGACGUCAGACCCCGCCAGGAGUUGGGGGAAAAGCUAAGUGGGCCAGGGACGCCCUAUUCCCCUCCCCGCGGCUGCCUGUCAGAGCGCUUCUGGAGAUAUUACAGGGGACCCAGCCCGCAGCGACAGGCACAAAGUCACAGGGUAAUGAACUUCGGGGACCCUUGCUCGCUGCGUGCUCGGCUGUCCCCGGAAACCAGGAGCUAGCCGCCUCUUCCCUCGGAAGGCUUCCCAGCAAUCUAGUUUUCCCACUCCGAGCUCGGGUUUGGGCAGCGCCGAGCCCAUCUGUCUGAGACUGCGGUUGUAUGUUUUCCUUUUUUCCUUAAAAGAGCAGCGGUCUGUAGAGAUCUGCCCACACUCUCAUGACUAAUGUAGAGGGAGAAAUUGAAGACUGAGAGACAGGAAUGGGGAAAGAGAGGGAUUUUGCCCUUUUUGCUCCGUAGGAAGACCAUUUUCGUGUCUUCAUCUCUGUCAUUCAAUACCCCUCUCUUGCCUGUCCUCCCUUCUCCCUCGAUCUGCCUGUCCGUUUCUCUAUUUGUCUGUCCAUGCCUAUGUCCAUACCAAGCAACAUUCCCAGCAGCUGCGGUUUUGCAAGAGACGGGAAGAAACUUAAGGAUGCUUAAAUUUCCACUGUGGAACGAAUUCUGAGCGCCAGGGAAGCAGCGCAGCCCGCAACCGACACCCACCUGUCCAGCCCCCGGAGCCUCGCAGGCUGGAGGGCGGCUGGAGAGCGGCGGCGCCCGGCGGCGAAGCGGGCGUUGCCGGCCGGGACUCGGGCAGCGCCCACCAACCGCUCCGCCCCGGGACCGCCAGCAUGAGCAAGCCAGCCGGAUCAACAAGCCGUAUUUUAGAUAUCCCCUGUAAAGUGUGCGGUGACCGAAGCUCGGGAAAACACUAUGGGGUCUACGCCUGCGACGGCUGCUCGGGGUUUUUCAAACGAAGUAUCCGAAGGAAUAGGACAUAUGUCUGCAAAUCUGGAAAUCAGGGAGGCUGCCCAGUGGACAAGACACACAGAAACCAGUGCAGGGCAUGUCGGCUGAAGAAGUGUUUGGAAGUCAACAUGAACAAAGAUGCGGUGCAGCACGAGCGGGGGCCUCGAACGUCCACCAUCCGCAAGCAGGUGGCUCUCUACUUCCGUGGACACAAGGAAGAGAAUGGGGCGGCCGCGCACUUCCCCUCUGCCGCACUGCCGGCGCCGGCCUUCUUCACUGCAGUCACGCAGCUGGAGCCCCACGGUCUGGAGCUGGCCGCUGUGUCAGCCACCCCUGAGCGCCAGACCCUCGUGAGCCUGGCUCAGCCCACGCCCAAGUACCCUCAUGAAGUGAAUGGGACCCCAAUGUAUCUCUAUGAAGUAGCCACAGAGUCAGUGUGUGAAUCAGCUGCCAGGCUUCUAUUUAUGAGCAUCAAGUGGGCUAAGAGUGUGCCAGCUUUCUCCACGCUAUCUUUGCAAGACCAGCUGAUGCUUUUGGAAGAUGCUUGGAGAGAACUGUUUGUUCUAGGAAUAGCACAAUGGGCCAUUCCGGUUGAUGCUAACACCCUACUGGCUGUAUCUGGCAUGAAUGGUGACAACACAGAUUCCCAGAAGCUGAACAAGAUCAUAUCUGAAAUACAGGCUUUACAAGAGGUGGUGGCUCGGUUUAGACAGCUCCGGUUAGACGCUACUGAAUUUGCCUGUCUAAAAUGCAUCGUCACUUUCAAAGCUGUUCCUACACACAGUGGUUCUGAACUGAGAAGUUUCCGGAAUGCUGCCGCCAUCGCAGCCCUUCAAGAUGAGGCUCAGCUAACUCUCAACAGCUACAUCCACACCAGAUACCCCACUCAACCCUGUCGCUUUGGAAAACUCCUGUUACUUUUGCCAGCUUUACGUUCUAUUAGUCCAUCAACCAUAGAGGAAGUGUUUUUCAAAAAAACCAUCGGCAACGUGCCAAUUACAAGACUGCUUUCAGAUAUGUACAAAUCCAGUGAUAUCUAAGCUCUUCAAGUCCCUACUUUUCAGGAUGGGGCAGUAACUGAUGAACUUCUACCCAUGGAGAAUAAGCCUCAACUAACAAACCCUUCAGGGAGCAUAAACCUGGGAAUGCGUAGCCUUCAGGAGAAAAUGUCAAGUGACACAAAACAAUUCCAGUAGCUUUGACCUGCCUCCUCACCCAGGGUAGUGCAGCCUGGAAAGAAAGGGGACGUAAGCGGACCGCCUGAGCAGAGGACUCACUGCUGCCAUGCCCUGGGAGGGGGCCGAAUUUGGGGUUGCCACAGGCCUUGCCAUUCUGCCUCUGACCUGGAAGAUCAGGCUGAAUUAUCAAGAGCUGAAAUACAAAUAGAACUUUCUUUUCCCUUUUACCAUAUAAAGUUGGGUAACCAAAUAUAGCUCUGUGUAUAACAUCAUACAACAACCUUCAGAACUAUCUUAUGUUGGGGAAUUUAUUUUUAAAAUAAUGGUUAGGUUUUAAAUCAAAAAUUUUAUCAAAAGUUUCCCAUCUGUUGUACUACAUCAUAAAGUGGCCUUCAAACUGAGUUAAUAAGUGAAAGGUAGCUUAUGCUAUGAGAGUUGCUUUUUCUCUUUUUCCUUUCUCUUUCUUUCCUCCCUCCUCCUCCUUUUUAAUACCAUAGGCCAGGCAACCUUGUCAAAGGAAUUGGCGGACGAAAUGAGAUUUUCACCAGGACCUCAGGUUGGAUAACAUCUCAAAAAUAGAAGAGCUUUACUAAAAGAACAGAAGUCAAGGGAGGACGAAUAAAAACAGCAAAACCAAAUAAAGUGGAGAUGAGUGGUUGAGUGAGGCAGACUGCUGUCCCAUUAACAUAGUGCUGAAACCAAAGGCGUUGAGGGUCUAAACUCAAGUUUCAGCAAAUCACACCAGACAUGAGGCCAGAGGGGACUUAAAGGAGAUGAACGCUAAAGGCUUCUUGAUCCAUUGCUAACAGCCUGAGGCUCUUCAAUGCCUUUCAGAAAACCGGUUUCUAGUAAAGCUUUGAAUGCCUACACAUGCACGUGCGUAAAUGCAUGUGUACACACACGCACACACUCAUAUACACACACUUCGUCCUACACUAUAAGCUGCUCCUUUGGUAUGAAUCUCUACUUAUGGAAAUGUAGAAACAAACAUUUUAAAAUAGCUGCUGUACUUUUCACAUUUUGAUCUAUUAGGUACUAGCACUGAGAAAAAUGUUCAGCACUUGGACUGUCAUAGGAUGAGUAAAAUUUUCCUUGUACAAAGUGAAUUAACUGAUUUGUGAAGUUAAAAGGAUGUACUCAUUGUAUUUACAAAGAAUAAAAAAAAAUAUUGAAUUUAAAUGAA